AUGAUGCUUCUAUUAAUAUUCUGGUUUUUCAUUAUUACAAGUGUUCACGGUAAAUGUAUUAAUGAAACAUGUGUACAUGGUCAAUGUAUUAAUGAUAAAUGUAUUUGUGAGCCAGGAGUAGCAGGUGAUACAUGUAAUGUCGAUAUCAUCGAUUGUGAUACAGAAGCUUGUUUAAAUGAAGGUACAUGUAUUGAAUUAAUAAAUGGUUUUGCUUGUCAAUGUUUACCUAAUUACGAUGGUCCACGUUGUCAAUAUCGUCGUCGUACAAUAAAUAAUAAUCAUUGUAAAAAGAAAUGUUUAAAUAAUGGUAAAUGUAUGGUAAUAGAUAAUAUAGAAAAAUGCUUAUGUUUAUCAAAAUACUAUGGUUCAGAAUGUGAAAAUCUACGUGAUAAUAAUAGUUUAUCUUCAAUAAGAAAAUGUUCAGUAUUAAAAUUUCGAAAUAAUCAUAAAGAAGGAAAAUGUUUUGCUAUUGGUUUAACACCAUUUUUUGAUGUCCAUUGUGAAUGUUAUUAUGAAGAUAAAAAUAAAAAAUCUGUUAAUUGUCAAAUUACAUCAUCACCUUAUGCAAAAGAAACAUGUUCGUUUAAAAAGAACUUACACUCAUUAUUUCCUUCCAAAAUAUAUGCAAAUCCCACAAAACCAAUUAGUUUAUCAAUACUGUCGAUAUCAUCUGAUCCAAUAACUAUUCAGGUGUGUCCUGUUAAUUGGCAAAUACUUGAUCAAUAUGAACAUAUUCAAGAAAUAGCUAGUAAUGUUAAUACAACACGAUGUGAAUUACUGGAAAAUUGA